GCUGUGUCCACUUCCUGGCUGUGUAAUUUUUGUAGUGAUGUGGAACUUUGAAAUAGUAGAAAUAUGACGAAAAUUAACCCAUUAACGAUAUAUCCCCUUUCAUUGAUCGUGAUUAUAAAUGCACUAUUAUUACCAAGUGCAGCUCUAAUUUCGGACAAACGAUUAUGUUAUGAUGAAAAGUGUUCUGAACCCGUUUCUUUGGCGAAGACGUUGACAACAUACUACUCCAAUGAUAAGGAUAUACUUUCCUUCCGGACGAAUGUAGAUGUUAAAGUUUUCAGUAAGGGCGCAGGAAAACGACCAGAUCUCUGGGGAGUUGAGAUACUUGGUAAACGAGGAUACGUUCCAAGAAAUCAUAUAAGGGAGUACAAAGUUCUAAAAAAGCAGUUAAACUUCGAAGUGCCUACAGAGUUAAAAAGCGAGACCAUUCCAAAGGAAAAAAAAUCCGAGUUAGCAGAAGAAAUCGCCAAGAAAGAAGAAACUCUAGAAAAAAGUGCCGAAACUCCAGUUAUCGACUCGAAUGAACUUUCUGAAGAGUCGAUAAUAAAUUCUCCAGAAGAAAAAACUGAGGAGAAACCGGAAGUAUCAGUAAUUGACUCAUCUGCCAAAAACAUAGUUCACUCAGUACCGGUCUUGGAAAAUGUAUCGCCAUCUUACGAAAUCGUAGAUGGAACCACAAUUCCCUUAACGCCAAAUGAACCUCCUUCGGAUUAUCCAUCUGCACCAGUCGAGAACGCAUUGCAAGAUCAGGAACCCGUGUUAAGUGUUCAUCCCCAUCCUAGUCUAGUUUCAUCAACUUUGUCUUUUGUAUCCAAAGUUUUCGACAGUGUAGCGGAAAGGUUUGAUAAAGGAGAAGAGGAAAAAGGAGUUACCAGUGGAUCUGAAGAUGAGGCUAUCAGCGAAAUUAAGAAGGAGGAGACAGAAGCGAAAGAGGAAGUGAAAAGUGAAGAGUUAAAGGAUGAAGUUACCAAAGAGGAAGAAAUUGUAGAAGAAGCAGCGUUUGAGACUGAAGAAGAGAAUGUAACAGAAGAAGCGGAUGAGGAAGGAGAUAGCGAAGAGAACAAUGAAGAUGAUGAUGAAGAAGAAGAGGAAGAAGAGUUGACGCUAUCUGAAGCUAGUGUGACUUCCGAAGAGCCUGUAGGAAAAAUUGCAUCUGAAUCUGAAUCUUCGAAAAAUUCUGAAUCAGAGAAUGAAGUAGAUCCUCAAGUAAACAUCAUCGAUAAAGAGAUUCCAAUCGAGAAUGUGAAUUCUCUAAACGAAGAUUCUUUAAUUAAAGACAAAGAUCCACAAGUAGUUCUUCCAGAAGUUGUUAUCGUUGAGGAGAAAGUUACUUUUGAUACUUUGGAGAAGACAACUGACCAAGUGCCUUCGCCUGAUGCUCAGAUCGAGGAAGUCUUCAAAUUAGAGGAUAAUAUUACAAACUUAGAAGAAAAGCAAGAAAGUGCAGAUAAUGUAUUCUUUGAUGAAGGUUUGAAACCCGUUGUUUUGGUACCAGAGGCUCAAAAUUUAGGAGAAAUAAAAAACACUACUAAAAUUGAAGAGGAUGCUUUUAUUAAUCAAAUUCAAGAACCAGAAGCAAUUGCGAUUUCGUCAAACGCUUCCGAAUCGAUGAACAAAAUAAAGAAUGUAAAUAUUUUAGAUAGCAAUUAUAAUCUUAAUAAUGAAAGUGAAAUUCGCUCUGAAGGUUUUCAAACAUUGAAAAUAGAGGAUCUUAUUCGGGGAAAGGCCGCUCCUAUCGAAAAUAAAAUCAUUUCUAGUGAAAAUAGUGUCCUUUCUGGUGAAAAUAGUUUUAAUCAUAAGGAUAUCGUUUCGAUUCCAAAAGACGAGAGCUCCACUCUCGAAAGUCUGGAACCGCAUUUUCACGAAGAAGUGGAGUCUCUCUCUGGUCAGCGAAUUUUAGAAGCCGAGCAAGUGUCAAAUUUCGAUGAAUUCCCUGGCAAUCGGAACUUAUUGAAUGUGAACGAGGGGCCACAAUAUGAUUCACAAGAGACUCAAAUGUUGAUCAAUGAAAUUGGUCAAAUUGAGGUUCCAUCCGCGUCCCUAAGUGAGGAAAAUAUAAUUAGCGAAGAAAAGCCACCAAUCGAAAGUUUGUUUGAGAAAGCAGACUUGGAAAAGAAAACUACCCUGCUUCCGCCUUCUAUAUUGCCUCCUGAAGUAUGUGAAAAAGACUUUAAUUGUCCCAAAGAAAACGUUGACCAGAAAGGCGAUAGCGCUGUUACUUACGCUGUCAAUAUGGGAAGAAACUAUUGGGAAUUUUUAGUCUACCUCGUGAUAACUUCUGUUACUAUCCUCAUCUUCUCUCUCGGUUAUUAUUACAUCGAGAAUGCAAGGCGCGAUAGUCAAUUCAUCGCGAAAAUAAAUAAACUUGAAAAGGAGUUGAUGAUAUCAACGAAAGAAUGCGUUCUGCUGAACGAAAAUUUAUCUUCAACCAAAACCAAGUUGAAUUCCAUCGAGGACGAAUCAUUUGGAUCGAACGAAAUGGUUGCGUCACUGAAAGCGGAUUUAGAAGCUUCACAGAAUGCAAGACUAGAUUUGGAAGAUCAAGUUGUGACCUUGGAAAAGGAAUUGGAAUCUGCAACAGAAGCAGGAUUGGAACUGGAAAAAAUGUUGCGCGAUCUUCUCUCUUCGAACAGUGAGGAUAAUCCUUUGGCUCAGUCCAUUGAAGAUUUGCAAGCUCGUCUUAAUUAUCAACAGGCUGAGAAUGAAUCUUUGACCAAUGCUUUAAAUUUGAAAAAUCAAGAGAAGGAAAGCUUAUCAUCAGAUCUUGUAUAUUGUAAGAAAAAGUGUGAGGAAUGGGAAAUCGAGGUUAGAAAAUUGGAGGAAGAGAUCAAGACUCAAGGAAAUUUGAAAAUAUAUAUGGAACAGACCUUGGAAGAUAAAUUGCAGAGAUUGGAGAUGGAAUUGAGAGAGAUGCUGGAGGAGAGAUUUCAAUUGCGAAAAGAAAUCAAAGCUAAGGAACUCGAAGUUCAGCAUCUUCUUGAAGUUGUUGACCAAGACAACUCCAAUAAUAUUGACUUUGAUAAACUAUACAAUACUGUCCAGGCCAAAGCUGAAGCUUUGCAACUUGCUGAAGAACGGGACGAACUUUUGGUGAAGCUGAAAUCUGUUGAGCAUACUCAGCAAUUGCAAGAAGAACGUAUGAAGCACGCGAAAGAAGAAGUUCUCGCAAUGACUGAACAGUGCAAAGCUUUUGAAAAAGAGAAAAAAGAUGCAGAAACUAAGCUCGAAGUUUUAUCCAAUUUUUUCAAGGAGAAAGAAGCCCAGAGGCAAAAGGAAGAAGCUGUUUGGUUACAAAAGCAGGGCGAAGUUUCUUCCACGGUUGAAAGGAUACAGAUGAUGCAGAAUGAAAUACAAAACUACAAACAGCAGAUAGAAAUUCUAAAACGAGAGAUCGUGGACCAGGAAAGGGAAUAUAAAAGUCAGAUAGGCGCUCUUGAAACGAAGGCGCAUGAGCACUGGGUUGUGGCCCGACAAAAUGAGCGAAGGUUAGAAGAAUUGAAAGCGGAAUCAGGUCAAUUACGUAAUCGACUCACGUUAGUAGAGAAGAGUAUCAACGACCCUGACCCCGACGUUAAACUCCACCGCUUGGAAGCAAACGGAGAGACAGUGACAUCACCUCCCCUCUUCCUAGGAGCGGACACUUCCAGUUCUCCUAUCAUGUUUAGCAACUCCUCCGGUGUUCCACCUCCGCCUCCACCCGGCUACAUGAUCCUCGGACCUGGAUUCCCUGCUCAUCCGUACUUACCUCCACCUCCACCUGGCCCUGGAGGAAUGCCGCAUUUUGACGUCGGACAGAGACCACCGCCCCUAGGUGGAAGACUUUCUUCGCCACCACCCUUACCUCUCCAACCACCUUCAUCCGGCAGAUAUGAAAAUACUGGCUCGCCUCCGCCACUUUCGCCGCCCUUACCACCUCCCUAUGGUCGUCACAGAUCACCACCUCCGCCUUUUAGAAACGAUCGCAUUCAUCCACCUCCACCACCUCCUCCCUCGUUAUUACCUAUGCCUCCCUUAGGACCAACGCACACAUGGGGGGAAGAACCACUGCUACCCCCGAGAAACUCAGGUUUCCGUCCUCAUCAUCGAGAUCAACGAGAGAGAAAUCACAAAGGUUCCUUACAUUCUUCCGGCGAGUCGCUGGACAAGUUACACCAUAGUGGAAAAGUCUAGCCCUUUUCUUGCUUUAUAUAUUUUCUAAUGCAAUAUAAUAAUAAGAAGUUAAGUGACCAUAAAAGCAUUUCGUCGCUUCAUUUUGGGAAAAAAACAUUUUUGUAAAAUCGUGUCAAGAUAGAAUGUGCCAAGUCUUUCUGAAAUACAACGGUCUGUUGUAUGGACUAAUUGAUUUCUAUAAAAUUGUAAAUGAUUUUUGUUAUGUAAUAAUAUCUGUUAUUUUUCAAUCAUUUCGUACAGUGUUUUUGUCCUUUUUCGACAUUUAUUUACGUAAUAUAUACUGUCUUAUUGUUUUUCGCAAAACGAAAAUGCAUGAACUGCACAUUUUUCACAUUUAUCGACGAAAAUCUGUUACCAUGUUACAUAGUGUAGAAAAAUAUUUCUAUAUUUACCCAAGUACAUACGAGAAAUCAAAGUGAGACGAAGUAGCAUGAUUUUUCAUUAGAAAAUCAGAAUGUAUAUCCAGUAAAAAAAAACUAAUUGGUGCGAAUUGAGAUAAAUACGCUAGGUGCCUCCCUGAAUAUCGCUUUGCGACAAUUACGAGUUUGAGCAAGUUGUGAAGUCGUGUAAAUUCAUGAAAAGUAAUAUAAUAAUCUUCAAAUAUCCUAUUCGCCCAAGUUUAUCGGAAAAUUUUUAGGGGGGGGAAAUUCUUGUGCAUUCUUUAGCACAAAUUAAUUUGAGUUUCAUUCAAUUCAGUGUGAUUUACCCGGUUUGAAAUUGAAAUUCAAUUCUCCUCAAUUCUCUAGCGCGCAUGCAGUUAAAGACAGGCCUAUUAAAUCGAAUUCGUAAAAUAUAAUCAACGUGCUGGCCAUAAAGGAUCCGAUGUAAAUAGCAAUAGAAGACUCCCGUAUUUCAGUAAUCGCUCUCUGAACUUAUCUCUUGGAAUCGCUGGUUCGAGUUUCGAAGCAUGCAAUGUUUAAUAUUUUUUUUUCGGAAUGACCUUGACUGAUUGAUAUACAUUCAAUUCGCGCUGGCUCAAUUCGUUUCAACGAAUCGGAAAGCAAGAUUCGGGCGAAUUAAAAAUGUUAAUUCGCCUCAAUUAGUUUUUUUCUGGACGUGUAUGUGAACUGAAAAUACAAUUGUUAAUAUGAUUUUAAAAAACUGGAAUAAACUUUAAUUUAUUAUUAAAA